AUGGCGUCCUCCCGGAUCUUGCUCCCGGCGCUCCUCCUCCUCCUCUGCACACAUUGCGGCGGCGCGGAAGCGCGGUCGGCCCGCGGCGGCGGAGACCCCAGCUCGUCGAACUCCGCCGUCAAGUUCGACUUCUCCCCGUUCCUGAUCGAGUACAAGAGCGGCGUGGUGAAGCGGCUGAUGGGGACCGACCGGAUCGCCGCGGCCGCCGACGCGCUGACGGGGGUCACCUCCAAGGACGUGACCAUCGACCCGGCCACGGGCCUGGCCGCGCGGGUGUACCUCCCGAGCUUCCGGUCCGCCACCAAGGUGCCCAUCCUGGUCUACUUCCACGGCGGCGCCUUCGUGGUGGAGUCCGCCUUCAACCCCAUCUACCACGCCUACCUCAACACCCUCGCGGCCAAGGCCGGCGUGGUGGCCGUGUCGGUGGACUACCGCCUGGCGCCCGAGCACCCGCUCCCGGCGGCCUACAGCGACUCCUGGGCGGCGCUCAAGUGGGUGCUGGCCAACUCCGCGCCGGGGGCCGACCAGUGGCUGUCGCAGUACGGCGACCUGUCGCGGCUCUUCCUCGCCGGCGACAGCGCCGGCGGCAACAUCGCGCACAACCUGGCGCUGCGGGCGGGGGAGGAGGGGCUGGACGGCGGCGCGCGGAUCAAGGGCGUGGCGCUGCUGGACCCCUACUUCCAGGGCCGGAGCGCGGUGGGGGCGCAGGCGGCGGACCCCGCGUACCUGCAGUCGGCGGCGCGCACCUGGAGCUUCAUCUGCGCGGGGAGGUACCCCAUCGACCACCCCUACGCGAACCCGCUGGCGCUCCCCGCGGACUCGUGGCGGCGCCUCGGGUGCGACCGCGUGCUCGUCACCGUGUCCGGCCAGGACCGGCUCAACCCCUGGCAGCGCGCCUACUACGCCACGCUCCGGGGCAGCGGGUGGCCGGGCCAGGCGGAGCUGUACGAGACCCCCGGCGAGGGCCACGUCUACUUCCUCACCAAGAUGAGCACGCCCCAGGCGCAGGCCGAGAUGGCCACCCUCGUCGCAUUCAUCAACCGCAACGACGACUAGUACCGAGCCCGCUCGCGCCGCUGCUCCGGCCGGCGAGCCAGUAGCUAGUUGCAGCGCCGCCACUCCACAUACUAGUACCGCAGUACUGCUGUAGUAAUUCUAGCGAGGAUGUUUUCACCUUUGUUUGGAGUCGAGUUCUUCCGUGGCUACGGUGGAGUGGAGAAGAAUGGUAGCGGUUCCUCCCCAGCAACCGGCCGGACGGGCGGAGAGGGGGACCGUGCAAUGCCACCGCCACCGCCACCGGUCCGUCGCGUUUCCAUUAACUGCAGCUAGCUGCC